GUUCUGACAUGCAAACAAGCUUUUUUUUCCUGUCGUUAAAACUAACGGUUUUGAUCAACAAAAAGGCAGUCUAGGGAAAGUGAACCCUAUCUUUAUAGCCUAAAUCCGUAACUCUAUAAAAAGAGAGAAUGUGUAAAGUUUAACCUCUUUUUUCUUAUUGUUAUUAUUUUCUGUACAAAAUGUCAAGAGACCAAAUGGACGAUUUAUUAAACAACCCUAUCAACUUUGAGCAUAUCAAAGUUAACCCACAUUUUGAUUUUUCAAUUUCUUUUGUAUGGGAUGAAAUCCAAUUUCUCUUUAAUGAACCUUCUUCUCCAUCCACUCAAGGCUCACUCACACCUACCGAAGAAAAUGAAAAAGAAGCUUAUUUUGGAUCAGCGUUCCUGUGUGUUUAUCGUCAACCUACUAACCAUGUAUGUUCAUUUUGCUCUCGUGUGUUUUCUCGUCGCCAUGACCUUGAAAGACAUUGCCGUGUUCAUACGGGCAUCAAGCCAUACCAUUGUCCACACUGUCAAAAAUCAUUCUCUAGAUCUGAUGCCAGAGGUCGUCAUUUCCAUUCCAAUCCUUUAUGCUUUCAUGACGCAAGAGUUCAAAAGCUUAUUCGUCGCCGUAAACCAAAAUCGCCUUGAUUGUAUUUUCUAUUUUGUUAGAUUCCUCUCUUUUUUAGCAAAUAUAGGCAUAGACUAAAAAAGCUUAACUCAUCCUUUUCCUAUAUUUGUAAAUGUAUACUCCUUAUUCUUUUUUAUAUUUACCACUAUUGUAUAUGACUCUUUAUGACCCCCUUUUUUUUAUGAAAUAAAGUUAUGUGUUCGUGAACACAGAAAGGGAAA